AGAUGGCCAAUCAAGCGCAUAACCUUCUUUGAGGCGGUGUUUUGGUUUUUCCGGGAGUGGAUUUUCGACUAUUAUUCAUAGAAAAUGCGUCUUUCAUUGGUGUGCCUGUUCAAGAAGACAGUCAAUGGUCACAUCUUCAGGGGAAAGUAUCGUCUCGUGAAGCCAGUGUCGAGGAAAGCAAUGGAAACUCUUCGGGCGCAAUAUAAUGUCAUGGAGCAAAACAUGCUGUACCUUCGCAAUCCCUACUUGACUGUCGAAGAAUCCCAUGGACAUACAAAAGAUCUAGGGAAAAAUCCGGCGAAGAUCCAGAAGUGGCUAGAUCAGGCUCUGGAAGUUAAGAAGGCGAAGAAACCUCAUGUUACCGUUGAACAGCGCCUGGCUUGUCUGAAGACUGCAGAGGGGUGGGAGUAGACUCCCAGAAAGCUUAAUAUAGUUCUAAAUCUUGUAAAUUUCUUGAAAAUAAAUUUAUUAGGA